GGGGAGAUGUCGCAACCGUCUCCCUCCCUCUUUCCCCGCCUUGGCACUCAGUCACCUCCCAGAUGAGCCCGCUCGCAGACGGCUGCGGGCCGCGGGGUGCCCGGCAUGUCCCCUGAGUGCGCGCAGGCGGCGGGCAUUGGGCCCGCGCUCAGCCUAGAGCGGGCCAACCGCACCCGCUUCCCGUUCUUCUCCGAUGUCAAGGGCGACCACCGGUUGGUGCUGAGCGCCGUGGAGACUGUGGUGCUGGCACUCAUCUUCGCGGUGUCGCUGCUGGGCAACGUGUGCGCCUUGGUGCUGGUAGCGCGCCGACGGCGCCGCGGCACCACAGCCAGCCUGGUGCUCAACCUUUUCUGCGCGGACCUGCUCUUCACCAGCGCCAUCCCGCCCGUGCUGGCCGUGCGCUGGACAGAGGCCUGGCUGCUGGGCCCGGGUGCCUGCCACCUGCUCUUCUACGUGAUGACCCUGAGCGGCAGCGUCACCAUCCUGACUCUGGCGGCAGUCAGCUUGGAGCGCAUGGUGUGCAUCGUGCGCCUGCAGCGCGGCGUGCGGGGCACGGGGCGGCGGGCGCGGGCCGCGCUGCUCGUGCUUAUCUGGGGCUACUCGGCGAUCGCCGCGCUGCCCCUCUGUAUCUUCUUCCGCGUCGUCCCGCAGCGGUUCUCCGGCGCCGACGAGGAAAUUCCGAUUUGCACGCUGGUUUGGCCCAGCCUUGCCGGAGAAAUCUCCUGGGAUGUAUCAUUUGUUACUUUGAACUUCUUGGUACCAGGACUGCUUAUUGUGAUCAGUUACUCCAAAAUUUUACAGCUGUGGGAACUGCGGCUGGAAGGAAAUGGGGUAGCAUCAGUCAGUGCUAACAAGAGAGCCAAGCACACGUUCACUUGGCCCAUGAGUCAGUUGUUCGGCUGUCUGCUCACGGUCAUUGUCAGACACUUGCCAGAGCCCUGGACCACAGAAGCCACAGGGCUGCCCGGCCCCCAGGGAGCUGCAGUCUGGUGGGACUCAGAGAUCACAAAGGCGUCAAGGAGAAGGCUCACGAUGAACCUGGCUUACUCGGAGAGCCACCAGCUCCACGUGUCCCAGCAGGACGUCCGGCUCUUCCGCACCCUCUUCCUGCUCAUGAUCUCCUUCUUCAUCAUGUGGAGCCCCAUCAUCAUCACCAUUCUCCUCAUCCUGAUCCAGAACUUCAAGCAAAACCUGGUCAUCUGGCCGUCCCUCUUCUUCUGGGUGGUGGCCUUCACCUUUGCCAACUCGGCCGUCAACCCCAUUCUCUACAACAUGUCACUGUUUAGGAACGAAUGGAGGAAAUUUUUUCACUGCUUCUUCUUCUCAGAAAAGGGAGCCAUGUUUACAGACACAUCUGUCAGAAGAAAUGAUCUGUCUGUUAUUGCCAGCUAGUUAAUUUCUCUCUGUAGGUGUCCGUCACUCUCUGGCAAGCCAUGGUGUGUUUUCAAAGGGAGUUCAUUUCCAGGACGGUCGCACCAGGGUACCUGCUUUAAGAAAAUGUAACCUAUGCAAAUGUACAUUUUCAGCACCAGUAAAUUAAGGAGUGAUAAUUCAGUAUAACAAUUUUAUCCUUUAUAAAAGUAUUCGCUGUGGGUUCCUUUUCAAUAUGAACUUUUUCAGUGUGUAAUAUGAUUAAGUUUAAUAAUUUUUAUUUGCAACUGUUCAGCAAUCUCAUCUCCUACAUGUAAAGCCACGCCUUGCUGGUUUCCUGAAGUGAGUCUUGGAACAGGUCCAGGACCCAGAUUUUUCCUCUGAAGAGUCAUGGCCACUCUAGCUCCCCACCCUGGAUUUGCAAGGCUGCAGGAUCAUUCAUUUAUGUCAAGAGCGCUUGCGGAAUUUCCAAGGAACAAGGAUUUAAUUUCCAAGGAAUUAAAGGCGACUUUAUUUUUCAUUUAUAAAGGGAUGCCAUGGACCCCUUUAGGAGAAGCUUUGUCAUGAAGUCAGAGAGGAGGUCGGAUGACUCCAAACAUUUGACAGUGAGAACAGCAGUGAUUCCCUUCGUUGAUCCACCUGUCAGAUGUCUCUUAAGCACAUGCUGUGGCCGGUGUUCUUGGUGGUGGGAAUACAGCAGUGAACCAGGCAGCCAUGGCCCCUGCCCUCAUGGAGCUUACUUAUCUUCUAGAUGGGGGCAGCGAAAAACCAAACAUAAGUCAAUAGACAAUAUAGUAUUAUAAAGUGAAUUAGCAUCAGGAAGAAAAUAGGACAGUGAUGGCAAUUUAGAUGGGGUGUUGAGGGGUCUGCGAAGACUGUUCUAAGGGGUAUAUUUGAGCCAAAAGGUAAACCAUGAGAAGGAGCCAGCCAUGUGAAUCCAAGGGAAUGGGGAUUUGCAGAUGGAGCAGACGCUGGUGCUGGUGCUGGUGCAAAGAGGCUUGUGUACCUGUGGCACAGAAAGAAGAUAGGUAUAAACAAAGCAAACUACUGGCUGAGCCUCCUGUAUGCCGGGCAAUGUCCUUGAUGCCAAGACAGAGGGAUGCUCUGCUGGAGACCAUCAGUUGAGACCAGAGAGGUUACAGGGCUGGAUUACACAGGGUCUGGGAGGCUACCAUAGAGAGUUUAUUCUGUGUUCAGUGGGCAGCCCCUGGAGGUUUGUAAGUGGAUGCUGAUGUGACCUGCUAUACUGGUUGCUGUGCAGGGAAUAAACUUUGUGGAGCAGGAAUAAAGAUGGAGACCAGUUAGGUGGCUGUUGAAGUAGAGAAAGAAGAUGGGGAAGUUGGAGGUGGGUGGCAGCAGUGGGGGAUUGUGAGAAAUGAUCUUGGGACGUACUUUGGGAAGGCAGAGCAAACAUGAUUUAUUGAUGGACAGGAUGCAGAUUAGGAGGGAAAGAGAGGAUUCAGGGGUGACUCCUGACAGUGACUGGAUGGAGAGCAGGCAACAAAAAUGGGGAAGACUAGGAGAACAGGAAAUAGAAACACCAAGAGUUUCACUUGGGGCAUAAACAUGUGAAACCCCAGUGAGAUCCAAAUGGAAAGUAGGCAGUUGGGUGCAGGGAUGGGGGUGUGGGCCUGAAUAUACAAUGUUGGGAGUCAUCAGAUAGUGUUUGCAGAUUUAUGGUUUUAUGAAAUAUCCCUGGGAAGAGAGAGAGAGAAGAAACCAGAGCCAGCAAGAACCCAGGGCCACGCCAGCACUUGGAGGUUGGGCCAGUGGCUGGAACAGUAGCUCAGGGCCUGGCACAUAGGACAUGCUCAACCAAUCUUUGUCACCAAGUAAAUCAGAGCCAGUAGUUGUCUUUGCUGGUGGAGUUUCUUGAGCAGCUUGCUUUUGAAGUAAGGUUUAUUAACAAGCUUGAGGACUAGAGGACAGGGAUCUUUUGUUCAUCUUUAGUUAAUAAAUUUGGUAAAUUAAAGCUGC